AUCUGGCCGUUCAGUGCCCGGCCACCCUCGGUACACCUUGUACGAUUCGCGCUCGCGCUUCCGGAUUACCGUGGCUAAGUUUUGCGACGGGCCCCCGAGGAUUGGGACGGCAGUGCACCCGUGCCUUAAAUCACAGUGACCAGUGUAUGCCUUGAACGCGGCGACGCGACGAAAAGAAUGGACAUCCUCCUGCGAGACAUGAACGCGCCGUGGCGAUGACAAGUCUGAUCUUGGAGAACGCCGACUUGAACCGACUCUUUCCGAAAUGCCGGCCUAGGGGCGGCCCACCCCCGGCCCCGGGGGCCUCCACGCAGAGCAGCCAGCAGCCGCAUGACAGCCCCUGCCAGACGGAGGCCGCCGCUAUCACCACCGCCAUCGCCAUCGCGACCACCACGACAGCCACUAUCAUCGCCUCUACGAACACGCCGACGAGCGUCUCCGCGAUAUCGGACGACAUGAUCGACCUCGAGCGCGACACCUCCGACAGGUAUAGGAAACGAGCGAAUGGCAGAAAAAAAUCAGGUUCGCUGUCCCGUAGGACGGCGAGCGUGGUGCCCGGUUUCACGGUCGAGGGCCAGCUGCCGCACGCCACGACGAAGCCGCUUUCGUCGAGCUCGUCCUCGGCGUCGGGACGCAGCGAGGAUGCGCCGCAAUAUGGCAGCCUGCCGGGCAGCGAUCAUCAGGGACAAUCGCAGCAGGACGACAGCGGACCCGAGGAGAGCCCCGUGUACAUCCUCACAUCGGCCAAAGGAGGCCCUAGCUACAAACUUCGGGAUUCGAGAAUUAUAGAAAUUGCUGGUGGCCGAGAAGUGUUCUCACAGAGCCGAGGGAAGGUAGCAGCUAGAAAAUCACGAUUUCUGGCAGCGUCGAACUCCAUAAAUAACGAGGAUAUUCAAAGCACUGAUAAUAAGCUGUCUGUUAAGAAGAAUAACAAGUCCCCCAACUCGCAGACCAUAUGGGAAUUACGAAGCCGAUGCGGUGAAACCAGAAAGCAACGCGCGAACCGGGAGGUUACGGAGACCGUGUUCGCCUCCGAGGUGCACUCGGUACGGCGUAACCCCACCAAGUCCAUCCUCGAUUACGAUUCGCCGAAGAGCAACCGCGGCAGCAAUCGCAUAAUCAAUUACGAUUCAAUCCUGAAUAGCAAUAAUGUAGAGUAUACCGUACCGAAAAGUAUUACCGACCUGGAUUAUGGAUUGCCGAAGAGCUGCGUAGAUUACCAGUCGAAUCACAACACACCCGCGAGGAGCAUGGCCAUCGUCAGCGACGGCGAGGUCGUGGUCUUCGACGAUAUCGAUGACAACUGGCAGGGUCUGCGACUGGACCUCGCGUCGAGCAACACGAACCAGGUCACGGCGACGAGCCUUGACCUGGAGACGGACGAUUCGCAGAGAGGUCGCAUCGCGCCGGAACCGCCGAGCUCCAGCGUCGGGAGCACUCCUAGUCCUACAACGGCAUAUCACCGCAAUACUUCGGAAUUUUUCAAGGUUGUUACGCCAGCGAGCGAUUGCGAGGCGGACUCUCCCUCGCCAGAACGCAAUCACAAAGUCGCGAGAGUCAUUGGUGAACUACCAAUUGCUCAGUAUUCCGGUAGCCCGAGGCGUUACGGCGUUCGCGAGAACCCGCAGCUUCCUAGCUUAUUAUCGUCGCCCUCAAUGUACAUGACGCCGAGGCCUGGUUUCCCACAAAGAGUAUUGCCAACAACACCAAAUCAUAAUGAGAAGGAAGAUACUUCUGCGGAAAUCGUUGUGGACAAGACUGUGAUAGAAAAUACUAACGUCGAGGAUCAGUCUGUAGAACCCUCGACUCCGUCACCAAAGGCCGAAGAAGAAGAGGAAGACUCCUUGAAGCCGUCGACUUUGCCUGCUGAUAAUAUAAGCAGUCUUGUCUCGCCGGGAGGUAGCACCUUCGAUUACCUGUACGAGUUUUCGGAGACCCGGAAGGUGUUGGAAGAAUUCUUCAAGUGCCCCGCACCGACGAAAGAAAAGGAGAACAACAUAGAGUCAUUUCCCUUCCAAGAUCUUGAUUAUGAACUGCGAAGGCAGGGUGGAAGCGCGUACGUUGGCCAACGAUUAGCUAGCGGCCCACCAGCAACGGAGGAGGUUAUGGUGCACGAGUCCCCUAAAAAGCAGCGGACAGAGUUUCCACAAAAUACAGGUGAACACGAGAACAACUUCCUCGACCUCUCAGUGGGUACUGGUAGCAGUGAGGAUCUCGGUGAGACCGAGGUUGGUCUCCAAGUGGGGCACUCGCGUAAUUUCACACUGAGCCCCGAGACGACCGACUGCGACAGCAAUUGCGGGGACCUGGACAGCGAGGUGUCCCUCAUGAUGAUGGACAAUGAGCUGAUGCCAGCGAGUGGCCUGCUCGGCUCCGUCGGCGAUCUGGGGAAUAAUUCAGACUCACUGAGAAUAUACACGAGCAUGCCGGUACUGGAGGACGGCCUGUCGAGUGGACACGCGAGCGACACCGACAACAACAAUCCCACGGUGAUGCUUAUGAAGCGGCAGAUAAACGAGAUAGAGAAGGAGAUUAUACAGAGAACGCGUAACGACAUGCUGGGUGAGAACGACUCCGGCAAGGACGUCAGUCUAAAUGUAACGAAGGAUAUUCUGCACACGCUGAAAACCACGUCCCCCGACCUGUUCGUCGCGAAGAAAGAGAAUUCAUACGACGCGAACGAGCUGCAGCUCGACGGACUGGAUCCGCUGGGCACACCCCCGCCACCGGCGCCUCAGGGGAGACAAAGCGUGAGCUUGGAGGUGAACUGUGGCGAGGUGGAAGCGGCCAUCAAAGACAUCCGAAUGGCACUGCAACGGACCAAAACGCUGCCUGUGAAAUCCCCGUCGGAAGAUCCACCGGAGCCGAGCGUCAGCCCGAUAUGGAUACCAAGUAUAAUGGACGGCAGGCGGAGAAUCUGUAUGGAAAGUAAUAGCGAAGAGUCGGACGCGCGUCGUGCGGGCGACGAAGCCGAUGUGGAGAUCGAGGAGUGUCCGGACGAGGAGGAGGCGGACACCGAUCUCGAGACGGAUCGACUGCUUGGACAACAGAGGACCGACGACCAAGGGUUCUACGACGACAAGGGGUGGAGGAAGCCUAAAACUAGGACAAUGUUACCGCCAAUGAAUGCGAAAGUCGCUACUCCAAAGCAAACCCCUCCGAAAACCUUGAGUGUUGCCCCAAUAGAAACGCUAGCGCCUUCCGAGCCCGUACCCUCGACGUCUACCUCGAUCUCACCUCCUCCCGUAGUCUCUGUUAUACAAUCACCGUCUUCUAACGAGUGCGAAGUAGCCACUCCCGCGCAACCUACAUCGAGUCCGCAGAAGACCCCAGUCAAAAACUCUCCCUCAUCCCCCCAGAGCCUCAAGGAAUCCAACAACAAGGUGAAAAAGGAUAAGGAAGGAAAGAAAAAGAGCAGAAACAAAGAAGACUUGCUGAAUGAUCCAUCAGUGUUGAUCGAGGGUGUUCUGUUCCGCGCGAGGUAUUUAGGAUCUACGCAACUCGUCUGUGAAGGUCAACCGACGAAAUCGACUCGGAUGUGUCAAGCGGAAGAAGCCGUUUCUAGGAUAAAGAAGGAUGAUGGGCCAGUGCCGAUGCAGGCAACACUCUUAAACUAUGGGGGGCAGCAUGGGUAUGGUCGCUGCAGCAUUGCCUCGCAAGGAAGCCUAGAGGAGGACGAGUGCGACUCGAGCGAAGAACUUAUAGGAAGCGCUUCUGGUGGGGGCCAGUCCGAGUCGCUUGGGGCCCAGCCAAAACUGGCCCCGAUCAGUGGCUGCUUGGGGCCCACAACCGUUUUCAGACUACAGUUUCUGGGGUCGGUGGAGGUGGAAGAGGAAGGGGGACGUAAACGGCGUAAGCGCCUUAAGAACCACAUGGUGGAGGAGGCCGUGACGAAGAUAAAGGCAUUGGCGCCGGAUGGUGACACUCAGCCGAGCACAGAGGUAGAUCUCUUUAUCUCGACGGAGAAGAUCAUGGUUCUCAACACCGAUCUGAAGGAGAUCAUGAUGGAUCACGCGUUGCGCACGAUCUCGUACAUUGCGGAUAUCGGUGACCUGGUGGUGCUAAUGGCGCGACGACGUUUCGUGCCACACGAGAUGGAAGAAGUACCGAAGAUUAACCGAACUCCGAAGAUGAUAUGUCACGUUUUCGAAAGCGAGGAGGCUCAAUUCAUAGCACAAAGUAUCGGGCAAGCAUUCCAAGUAGCAUAUAUGGAGUUCCUAAAGGCAAACGGGAUUGAAGACCAUAGCUUCGUUAAGGAGAUGGAUUAUCAGGAGGUGCUCAACUCGCAGGAGAUAUUCGGCGACGAACUGCAGAUGUUCGCGAAAAAAGAAAUGCAGAAAGAGGUAGUGGUACCGAAAGCGAAGGGGGAGAUUCUCGGUGUCGUGAUCGUUGAGUCCGGAUGGGGCUCGAUGCUGCCAACCGUAGUCAUAGCUAAUCUGGCGCCGGCCGGCGCCGCGGCCCGUUGCGGGCAGCUUAAUAUUGGCGAUCAGAUAAUCGCGAUCAACGGCGUAUCAUUGGUCGGCUUGCCUUUGUCCACGUGUCAGACGUACAUAAAGAACUCGAAGAAUCAAACGGUCGUCAAGCUGACGGUCGUGCCAUGUGCGCCUGUUGUCGAGGUGAAAAUCAAGAGGCCCGACACGAAAUAUCAGUUAGGAUUUAGUGUACAGAACGGAGUGAUAUGUAGUCUAUUGAGGGGCGGUAUCGCGGAGCGCGGUGGAGUCCGGGUGGGCCAUAGGAUAAUCGAGAUCAAUAAUCAGAGCGUUGUUGCUGUACCGCACGAAAAGAUUGUUAAUCUUCUGGCUACGUCGGUGGGAGAGAUCUUGAUGAAAACGAUGCCCACGUCGAUGUUCAGGCUGCUGACCGGCCAGGAGUCUCCGGUGUACAUAUAAAAGCGUUCAGUUGCCUGGCUGAUGCGUAGUGAACAGACAAUACAUCCGCCAUCCACUACCAUACUUAAUCCGCUACUACUACCUUUACUGUACAGGUUACUCUAUGCAAGUCGCUUUGUGUUUCGAUUCUUAUGGGGACAAUUCGAUACAUUCACCAGCUCCUGCUUGGUAAGCGAGACUACAUAGGUACGUCGCAGAAAUGUUACUAAAUAUUUACUCAAGCAUAAUUUAUAUGAUUAUUGAUUAUUGUAAGAGAUAUACGUAUAUAGUACUAAUUAAUGGGAUUCUCUGUAACGUGCAUACGUUUUUCCAGAAAAGUUCAGCAAGAUAUUCUUUUCAAUACCUCUCAUAUAAAUGUCGCCAACAUUUGAUUUCUUCGUAUCUAAAUUGCACAAAAUUUACGGAAACACUGUGGUUGUUUGUACACUUUACUUUUUUUCUAUGCAGUCGAGAGUUGAGGCAAUAGGAGAAUAUCGACUUUCUAUGCGAUAUUGGAUGUUACGGAGAAUCGCAUUAUUCGCGCCAAGGAAGAUGAUAGAUGACGCAAAUAAUGCAGUUGCACAUGAUUAUAAAUAGCACAAAAGCUCUUUACCAACAGCUGGAGCAGGGCUGGAACUGUAUAUUACGUAGUUUAAUGACGUAGUAAUAUUUAUAAAGGGAUCUCCCUCUAUCGCGGAGAUUUACUUUAAGCUAAAAGGCGCGUUCAUUUAAUCUUUUUUAUCUUUAAGGUCGGCGAAUACUUGCGGCGCGUGGUGCCCGGGUGUAUUAAUUUGUACUAAAAAAUUACUAUCUACCGUAGUAAAACUUUCGACGCGUAAAUCUCGUGAUAAAAAUUAAUGCCAUAGUAAUUAUAUAGAAGAGCACAGCUACACUCGUUCUGUACGAGUUUUUUUCAAACAAGCAUAGAUAAACGCAUUUUACAAUAGAAUAUAUUGAAAUCAUUAAGUAAUUUGCAUGUUUUAUCGAACGAAAAUGUCAUUCCGAGUGGAUCUUGUAUGCCUACAUACCGCUUUAUCGACACGCUUAUGGUAUAGAUAUUCGACUGUAUCAAAAAAUUAAACUAUAAAAUAACGUAUUCACUGGCGUAAAUAUUAUUUUCCAAAAGUUCGAAAGUUCUUCGAUUUGCAAUGUGAUUUAAAGAUGACCGUCGUUCGCAAGGAAAUGACAAUGGACAAACUUGUGAGCUUCUGCUUUGUAUAUUACGGUAUCUGUGAAUGCACAAUUCCCUGACAAACGUGUAAUUUCUCCGUCACGUAUGCUCGUAAUAGACGUAAUCUGCCUCCUCAUUUUUCAUGAAUAAUAAUCAACGUACAAGUAAAACCUUGUAAGUCAUCAAGUUAUGCUUCUAAGAAGUUGCAUUGAUCAUUCGCUUUUUCGACUAUAUGUUGAUAAAUGUUGAGAAAUGGCUGUGUAUUUAAGAGUUUAGAUUUUAUAGAUGUAAAAUUGCAUUCACGCGCGACUUUAGAAGAGAGAACUUUCGAGCAUUACGUUUUCUUUUGAUAGUUUUAGAAACUCCAUCCGCUUUACUAAGCUAUCUCCAUCUGCUUUAAUAAGAAUUCUCAACGUCUUUCAUUUUUAACUCGUAAGCUUUUUUCUAGCUAACUCGAACUCUUUCUAACUCGAAAUUCUUAUAACAUGAGCUACUUAAACGAACUAUUGCACUGACAGCUUUUUCGAUGUCUAAAUAUUAGAUUCAUAUGCUUUUUGAUAUUUUCUUAGAUUCUUCACGACGACGUGGGUCCCAAUUUCGAAAAUGCUUUGAAACAAUUGUAUGUACCUUUAUUGUAUUUUGUUUGUUCCUGCGAAAAAGUAGUGAAAAAUCAAUCAAGAGACACUAUUGUCAUUGACAAAUUUGCAAAAUUAUUAAUAAUUAAAAUUUGCAGGAUAGAUAUUUCUCUAAUUCACUUAUUUUUCGCGGGAGUAUAAAAGUUUGCAGUCUAUAAAAAUAGUUGAUAAAAAUAGUAUUUACUCGUAGAAAGACUUAUAGAUGCAUCUUAUCCCAUAUCAACUUGCAGUAAGUCUUCACUCACUAUGUAUAAUACUUACAUGUAAAAUAUGUAAAUUGUACUCGACUCGAUGUGGCUUCGCUACGCACAGGCAUACAAAAUGAAAUUUAGCUACACCUGACUUGUAACUGUCAAUGAAAAAAUUCCUUCUAAAAUAUACAGACUGAUUCACACUUCUAUGUAUAACCGAAUAAAAUAAAUCAUUCAUUAUAGAAACUCACGAGAGUCGUAUCGUUAGAAGAAAAAAAAAAGAAACGUUCUCUUCUAUAUAAAUACUAUAUGCCAUAAUAAUCUAAGUUUUAUCUAUUUUUGCUGAAGAUUUCUCACCUUUGAGCUAUUCUGCUUCAAAUAUCAAGAAGUACGCGACGAUACAAAUUUCAAGAUUCCUGAUGUCUUAUAAAAUUUCAAUGCCAAAGUACAUUAAAUAAUAAGAUGUAACGACGAGACAGCAAAAUGUGUAUAAUUUUUGACAAAUAGGAAAUUAUUCAGAUUUUGUCUGAGGAGUGUGUGCAAGUAUCAGAUAAUAGUAUUCUCAUUUGCGAAAAGCUUUCUAAUAAUUAAGCUUGAGUUAUCGCUGAUUGAUCGAACAUCUUCAGAUAUACAGCGCUUGAAAAAAAGGUUCGGAAUUCAGGGACUCAAUUAAACAAACUGUAACUGAUAAACGUGGAUUGAGAAAGUGAUCUUUUAAAAGAUAAAAGUAAGCAAGUCAGCUGUAUUAUCAAAAUGGAUUCGUUUCUAUCUCGAAAGGCCAAUUUCUUGAUCCAUGUUGAUUAGAUAUCCGUUGUUUAAUUUAGUGUGGAUACUAUAAAUCCCGCUUUUGUUGCUAGAACGUUCUGCAUUGCGAGUGUCAUACAAUUUAUAUGUUUACAAUACAAUAUGUCAUAAUAUUAUAAAGAAAAAGUCAUAUUUAAAUUUCUAAACGUGAGAACUGCUGAUAUGUUAAGUUUUUAAUUAUUGUUCUCAAUUUUGUCACAGAUUGAGCAUGUAUUAUAAACAUUUUAUGUUUUCUGUCAAUGACAAAUAUACUCGUAUUAUUAUUUUAAUGUAAAUUAGCUCUUCGAUCAUUAGUGUCUUCGAAGACUUCUAAUUUGCCAUGGAUAGGACAUUUCGUACGGAACGAUUCUCUGGCAGGCACGCGGAUGAAAAAUAUGUAUAUAAAAUUUUUCAUUGUCUAUAAUACUUGGUAAUAUAAGAGCAAAAGUAGUCACGACAUGUAUACAUGUAUGUACCGAAGAUCGGUGCUUGGAAGGCCUCGAGAGGAUAGUUACGUGGAAAAUGUCUCGAAGUAUAUGUAUAAAUAUAUACAAUAAUUCUCUAUGACUUCGUUGAGAAAGAUAUAGCGGAGCAUAUUAUGAUAUUGCAUAUCAUGGGGAAACUGAUAUAUCAUUGUGGGCUAGACCUUCAUUCUUUGUGGACAGAUAUCUAAAUGAAUAUGCAGAAAAUAUUAUCCUUUGCCGGAGCCACCAGAAUCUAGAGUAAAUCACGAUUAUAUACAUUAGGAUAUAAUGAAUUUUGGCAUAGAAAUUUUAACCAUAUAUUCGGUGAGCAACACACAGAACAGUAUGAAUAUAAUAUAUGGGAUCAAACAAGAUGUUAUAUAUUGGGUGGCUGAAACUUAUCUAGUCAUUACGCUAAGAAUAAGAUGGAUAUAUAUAUAUAUAUAUAUAAAUAUAAAUAAAGAAAAGUAUAUAUACAUAAUAAGUUAAUACUCAGCCAUCGCAAGCCACCCUGACUGAAUGUGUCUAGCCACAUUUUAAUAAUAACAUCUACAACUUGUACUGUCAAAUCUGGCCUUGCGUGGUCAUUACUUUUAUAUUUGUUACAAACAAAAUGUAAUAUUAUUAAAUCGCCAUUUUUAUGCAGUUUGUAUUCGUUGCCUCAAAUCUUAAAGACUUCUUAUCUUAUUUUAAGGUAAUUCAAAGGCACAAUUAUUAAAGUGUGGCUUAUUAAAAAGUAUUUAUGUUGAUAUUCUUCUUCAUGUCUAAAUUUUUUCUAUAGAAUUUUUUCUAGUUUUUCUACCAUAAUUGAUAGAUUACAUGGUAUACAUACAUAUGUAAUGUAUACAUAUAUAUGUAUGUAUGAUUAUGAGAAGGUGAAUCUAGUAAAUUUGUUUCAUUAAAAUCUUUAAAUAAGCCUAGUUAUAUUAAAUGAGAAAGUUUUAUCGUGUAAUUAUUCUCAAGCGUUGUAAGAUACUUGUAUCACGCCCAUCCUUCAGCAAAGGCAUGGCGGAUAAUGCCUGAUUUACGAAGUAUUCGGUUAGUAAUGCACGGUAUGUUCUACCUUAUUGAGCCUUAUAAAAAUAAAGAAUGAUGAUCGUGCAAAGUCAGUACGAAUGAUAGAUCCAAAAUUGCAGUCGAAAUCGUUAUGAAGUAAUUGAAACCCAAAAGCCACUCAUAAGAAAUAAAAAUAACUAUAUCUUACACACAUAUAUAUAGAGCUUGCGCUGUAGCUUCACCAGUCAUGAGACACAUGCUACAAGAUAUCAUGACUGUCUUUAUCAAUGUUUGUGAGUGUAUAAUAAGUUAUAAACUAUAAGUGAGCUAUUGAAUGUGUAUAUGGUAUAUGCUAGUCCAUACUAAGAUACAAUAAAAUGUAAUUUUGAAUUCAAA